AUGUCCAUCUCCCACGGCGCAAAGGAUAUCUUCAAUGCCAUCGGCCCAUUCAGCACUGAGUACACGACCUGGCACACCGGCGUGGCCUCUGCCAAAGCCGAUACCCCGAUUUGGAUCAAGGCCGCUGGCGGUUUAGAACUUCUCGGAAACCGCAUUACCAAGCACUCUCCUACGCACAGGCACAGCAUGGAACUCGGCGCUGCGAUUACGGUCCUGCUUGCGUCACUGCUGGGUCUGCCUGUGUCUAUGACGCAAUGCAUUACCGGUCCAGUGCUGGGUGCUGCAUUAGUGAACAUGGACCUGAAGAGCAUUAAUUGGAAACAGCUGGCGAAGAUCUUCCUCGAUUGGGUUCUGACACUGCCGUGCGCGGGUCUCAUCUGUGGGAUUAUCAUGAGGAUGGCGCUGAAUGUUCCUCAAUGGGGCCGGUAA